AUGUCACUUAACGUGUGGCUAGUGACCGACUUGAAGAAAGGGGAGGGUGAUGACGAGAGGGAAAUCAACGAGUAUUCCACGUUUCCCGAAGACAACAGUGGCCUCAUAGACGGCAUCGUUAUGAGACAGGCUCACAUCAGCGACGUUUCGCCAACUUUGAUCCACAACAUUGGGCAUUGGCUGGGCUUACGACAUACCUUCAGCAAACAAAUUGAAGACGGUGAGCAAGACUGUGUCGCUAAUACUGGUCUGCUUUCUUCAACCCAAACCAGCGGCUUGAAGGACACUAUGUACAGCUGCUCGCAGAUACCGUGUUUUGAGACGAACGCUCGAAACAUUACAAAUUUUAUGAGUUUCUCGAGUUGCAGAGGUGAUGCCACUGGUGGAGGAUUCAGUAUCGACCAAAAGGCAGCCAUCUGGGCACGUGUGAUUCAGUUUCGGCGUACGAACGCUGAAGAUGAGUGUCAACCAUCAAGUUCUACCACCACCAAGUCUGCCAUCCAGAAAAGAUCCUCUAUGCAGGAUCUGGUCGAUGGAAAGUGUCCAGACCUUACUGCCGAGGCUGAACGAAUUAGGAACCAGCCGGUCAACGGAGCUACUGCCCCUCUGGCUUUGGGUUCUUGGGGGUGGUGCAUGCCAUGGCUUAUGAGCGCCAUUAUUUUAGCUCUGUAG